CCAGUCAGUUGGCAACUCGCAGGCGGCAGUGCGAGACGUGCGCUGUCCCCGCUCGUCCCGGUAGGCCAUACUGGUACUGCAAUACUUGGCAGGCUUUUUCCGGCCCUCUGUUCUGUAGGCUCCGGUAGAGCCGACCAGGUCCUGGCUAGCUGGCAUGGAGAGCAACUGGGUCUAGUCCAUGAUGUCGGAUGGUAUUUUGAUGCCUCAGCGUCUUGUGUUAGGCUGUCUUGAUGUCUAACAUUGAGCCUGUAGACAUCAGCUCCUACCACUUCUCAUCAGUAGAAGCUAGACUCAUUAAAAACUUUAAAAGAAAAUCCAUCCUGAACUAAUGUGUAUGAUCUAUGAACCUGCAAUGACAUUCGUUAACUAAAUAUUUCAAGUGAUUUGAUCUUGACUCUUGAUUCUAAUCUUGAUUCAGAGAGAGAUAAGUUGUAGAUUCUCCAGUGCCAGGCCCCAGGCAGGGAGAGUGCCGUGUUGACAGUGCCGUGACGUGCCUGUGCCACGUGCCCAACCUGACUGCGUGCCACGUGAAGCUUGUAUAAGCCUAUCCCACGCUAGCUGACGUCAUCCGUAAUCACGCCUUCACCAUGAUGCUGGCCACGUAUUUUGAUCAGUACCCGGCUCAUCUGGCUGCAGCAGCGCGGCGCCAGGCGAGUCAGGACCAGGACCAGCAAGGCCGGCCACCCGCUAUGGACGCCCUUACGCCCCCUCCGCCGGGCUCUGAGGGCGCGCGUACCUACACCCUGACAGAGACCUCGGAGGACCUCCUCCACCAGUGCCCCGCCCACGACACUCACCCCACCCUCACGGUUCUUCUCAACCCUGCCAAGGAAGGGCUGCAGAAGGAAGGUGGCGUAGAGGAAGACCGCCUGUCCUCGGGCACCUACAGCGUCCCACCGGCCUCAGCGCCCACAACCCCGCAGCCCCGCACGCCCGCACCUUCGAACUCCUGCCCUGUCCACGACCCCGCCCACCUCCACAUCCACUCCCAGCCAGCCUUACCGUCAGGAGGCGGCGGCGGUAGCAGCAGCGCCAGGUCCUGCACCGCCGACUCCCAGCUCCUGCACUGCGGUAUCUGUACGCGCCGGUACUCCAAUCCCAAGGUGUUGCCGUGCCUGCACACCUUCUGCGAGAGGUGCCUCAUCAGCUACACCCCUCCGGAGUCCCUCACCCUCACCUGCCCUGUCUGUCGUCAGCAGUCUAUCCUUCCAGAGGACGGGGUGCCGGGACUCCAGAGCAACACGUGGGUUCGAGGAGUGAUGGAAGCUAUGGAUGGUGCCGCCAACCACUCUCCCUGCACCCACUGCGAGACCCGUGACCCUGCCGCACGCUGCCACCAGUGCCACACCCUGCUGUGUGCCGCCUGUGCCAAGUCCCACACUCAGGAUUCCGGGAGCGAGAACCACAGUGUGGUGAGCCUGUCAGACGGGGACGGAGGCGCGCCAGACACCAAUGGCUACCAUGAUGACCAAACCACUCUCUACUGCCCGUCUCAUCAAGGACAAACUUUGCGUUUCUACUGUCGUGACUGUGAGACGGCUGUGUGUAGCAGCUGCACUGAUAUAGAGCAUCGAGCGCACAAUACAUUGCACCUCACAGAUGCUGUGGAUGAACAUAGAGCAGCUAUGCAUCAACUUAUUGACAGAGUAACAAUGCAGCUACCUUGCAUGAAGGAGGCCAUAUGUGAUAUCCAGGAUGUGUGCCACAGUCUCCAGGAGAGGAGAGGAGAAGCAGAAAAGGAGGUUCGCAAUUGCUUUGAGACCCUCCAUGAAUUACUCGACAAGAGACAAACUGCCCUCAUAAACUCCCUUAACUCGAUUGAGUCGGAAAAGCAAAUGACCUUAGGUAAUCAGCUCGAAGAACUGGAAUCGUGGGUGAGAGGCGUGGAGAGUGGAUGUGAAUUUGUAGAGAAAGCUCUGACCCAUUGCCCAGCCAUGGAGGUUGUUUUAGUGAGGAAACAACUGGGCGAACGGCUAAUGGAUUACGCUAACAUGAAUGUGCCUCCAGCUCCGCGUGAGAAUAGCCACCUCAAGUUUGUUGUUGGCAACAUAGAUCCACUUAAAACUGCCUUCUUGCAUGUAGGCAGCAUCCAAAGCAACAGUGCUGUGCCUCACCAGACAAGUGCCACAGGCGAGGCUCUACGUCAGGUGACUGUGAGUCGAGGGUCCAUUGUAACAGUAGUAACUAGGGACCACAAAGGGGAGAAGGCCGUUUGCGGUGGUGCCGAGGUCACGGCUGCAAUAUCAAGAACGAGCACUAUAGUGCCUCGUCAUGGCUCAAACUCUCCACGUGCCUCCUUAUCUCCACGCUCUUCCAGCAAAAGUCCUUCUGGAUCACGGGAGGAACUUUGCCAACCCCAAGUACUAGAUCUGAACAAUGGAACUUAUGAAGUGGCCUUUACAGUACACACAGAAGGAACCUAUUCACUAGAAGUGCUUCUUUAUGGGCAGCCAAUCAAUGGUAGCCCUUUCACAAUUGCCGCUACAGCUGCUCUAGAAGAUGACAGUGGCAGCAGCCAACGCUCAGUUCCUCCUCACACUUUGGCCAGGCAGACCUCUCUCUCCACACAGGUGACGUCAAGAACGUCACGAACAUCUCGAAGACCUCUUUCACAUCGUUCAUCAUGCUCCCGCCGGACUAACCCCAUUGAAGAUGACAUGCUUUUAAGAGUUGGACGAAGGGGACGCAAUCGUGGAGAAUUUGUUAAUCCUCAGGGUAUUGCAUUCAGUAACUUCAAAGAUGGUCGCAUUGCAGUGGCGGAUUCUAAUAACCAGUGUGUCCAAGUUUUUACAAUCACUGGGGAGUGUAAGUUGAGGUUUGGUGUGCGAGGUCGUGGAAUUGGUCAGAUGCAGAGGCCGACUGGAGUGGCUGCUUUACCAAAUGGGAACUAUGUUGUAGCAGAUUAUGAGAACAAGUGGGUAUCUAUCUUUGAACCUUCUGGGAAAUACAUUAACCGAAUUGGUAACGGAAAGCUGUUGGGUCCAAAAGGUGUUUGUGUAGAUAACAAUGGUCAUAUCAUUGUUGUGGACAACAAGGCAUCAUGUGUGUGCAUUUUUCAACAAUCUGGGAAACUAAUAACCAAGUUUGGCAACCGAGGAACCGAUGAAUAUCACUUUGCUGGCCCUCAUUUUGCAGCGGUAAACAGCAGAGGCCAUAUUGCCAUCACUGACUUCCACAACCACUGUGUUAAGGUGUUUGACAGUGAUGGAGACUUCUUGUUUACCUUUGGUACAAGUGGAGAGGGCAACGGGCAGUUUAAUGCUCCAACUGGUAUCGCAGUAGACUCGAAUGAUAAUAUUAUUGUUGCCGAUUGGGGAAACUCCAGAAUUCAGGUGUUUGACUCGCAGGGAUCUUUCUUGUCGUACGUGAACACCCUUGCUGAUCCCUUGUACGGCCCGCAGGGGAUGACCCUCACACCUGAUGGCCAGAUUUUUGUAGCAGACUCUGGUAACCAUUGCUUCAAAGUGUACAAGUACCUCCAGUAAAGUUGUUUGCGUGCAUCAGAAGUAUGCAUCAUUAACAUACAAAACGUGUUAUAUAAACUAUGAAUGGAAUGACCAUUAUAUAAAUGAAGAGUAACUUUAUUACCUUUUUACUUUCCUAAGUCAGGAUAGGUACAUUAAGAGGUGGGAAUAAAGUAUUUGGAAUGCAGCACAUCAUGUUCUCCUAAAUUCACGCAAGAAUUACAUUCAGCAUUCCAGUUAAUACAAUAGCUAUUUUUGUAUCUUGUCUUAAAUUUGUAAGCAUGUGCCGAGCUAGACAAGUUAUAACUUGACACGAAGUACGCAUCUGACUGCUUCGUGAUUACACGUGCUGCAGCUGUUAAAAAAUGAAUAGAUUGAUGACCACACACCAGAAGAUGAGGCUGUCUCCUCAUCUUUUGGUGUGUGGUUUGGUCAUCAUAUCUUCAGCCACAUUAUUGUGAAUCAUCGUCUGCAUACAAGUUGAUUGAUCAGUGGAGGCUGCUUGUGGAUGGACUGUAACAGAUGGUGAUAAAUUGUGUGAGGUGAACAGCACAAGAUCUUCAGGUUUCCUUGUUAUUGGCUGUGGUGCUAAAGUUCCAUAAAGUUUGUAGUUCAUAUUUGCAAGACUUAAUCUGAUAUAUUAACACUUCACACAUUUUUGAUUGAUGACCUCACGGCAAGUUGAAUAUCAUUAGUACAGUAAUAUAUACCACUACAGCUUUGUUUUAAUUGUAAGUGUGCCAUUUUUACAAAUAUUUUCCCAGAUGUGUUAUGGGAGUUGAGCAUUGUGGCUGCACUGGCACUCCUAAGGUUUUACACACACACACACACACACACACACACACACACACACACACACACACACACACACACACACACACACUACACUACACUACACUACACAAUACACACAUUUUGAUAAACGUUCUUACAUAAACCUUUCGGCUUCAUAACACAAAAGCUGGCAACGUUACAGAUGUUCCAUAUCAGUGCUUAAUCUAUAAGAUAUAUUUUGUAUGAACUAAUACCAGGAAAUAUUCAGAUAUAUUGAUGUAAAAUUUUCUUAAAGAUGUGGGUAAAAUGUUUUAUUAUAUAUUGAUAUAACAACUUUUCAUAGUGUGAUUGCUAUUCAAGCAGAAAAGAUCUGUAUUUGCAGCUAUAAGCUUUAUAUAUAUACUUUUGAGAAGUAUAAAGAUUGUCGUUUCUUUUUUUUAUAUAUAUAUUUUUUGAUAACCUGGUAAUGUAUCGUAAAUUUUAUUAUUUAAUAUGCCGUUUUAUCUAGGAUCAGGUUCAUUAAGAAAUGGUAAGACGGGAUUAGUUUUAGACUGGAGAGAUUGUUAAGAUGUCACUAGCUCCCUAGAAAUGGGCAGUGGUGAAAACCUGUUUUGUUUAUCCUGUCAUAUCUUUUCAAUGUGAUAGAUGCUGUGUGUGAUCUUCUUCAGUCUGCUUCUUAGAAUAAGAUAUGUAUGAAUACUAGUCUGAAAUGUAUAGAUUUGUAUAUAUAUGAUUGGUCAUUGCAAUACAUUUAUCAUAAAGACAUUAUGCAUUUAUGUAAUUCUCAUAAUAAUAUAUAGUUUGCUUGGAAACAUUGUGUUGGCAAGAAUCACAGUAAAAAAAAAAUUUCCUGAA